AUGGCGCAGGAUCCGCACCAAGUGGCCCAACUCUGCAAAACACUCGAGGCCGCCAAAGCCAAAGCCAAAGGCAAGGGCGGUAAGAAAGGAUUCUCCUGCAAGAAAACAUCCUUCUCCGUUGACGGAUCUUCAGGCAUCACCGUGGAUUCAUGGCGUUUUAACGAUUGGGAUUACAAGCGAGACGACCUUCCUACCUAUGCUCGUGGUCUGUUCACGACCAAGAGAUCCGAUGGCACCCCUGAGAUUGCCAUCCGCGGCUACGACAAGUUCUUCAACGUGGACGAGGUUCCGAGCACACAGUGGUCCAACAUCGCCCGCGACACCACCGGUCUGUACGAGCUCAGCGUCAAGGAGAACGGAUGCAUCAUUUUCAUGUCUGGCCUUGAGGAUGGGACAUUACUCGUUUGCAGCAAACACUCGACAGGCGCACGUGCAGAUGUAGCACAGAGCCAUGCCAUGGUAGGAGAGAAAUGGGUCAAACGACAUGUGGAAAGUGUGGGCAAGACCACUCGAGACUUGGCGAAGAGAUUACGAGAACUGAAUGUGACAGCGGUGGGUGAACUGUGCGACGACGAGUUUGAGGAACACGUCCUGGAAUAUCCGCCCGAAAUGGCGGGCCUGUACCUUCACGGUAUCAAUUUCAACCUUCCCGACUUCGCCACGUGGUCCGGACCAGAAGUACAUGAAUUUGCCGACGCCUGGGGCUUCAAAAAGGCGCAGUACAUCAUUAUCCCGUCCCUCGACGAAGUCCGACAAUUUCUGCACACCUGUGCGGAGACAGGAUCCUGGAAUGGCCGAGAUACCGAAGGCUUCGUGGUCAGAUGCAAGAAGACGAGCGGAGAUGCGGCUCACGCCCUGGAUUGGUUUUUCAAAUACAAGUUUGAAGAGCCCUAUUUGAUGUACCGACAAUGGCGUGAGUGCACGAAAGCGAUGAUUGCAGGCAAGCCACCCAAGUUCAAGAAACACAAAAAGAUCACAGAAGAAUAUCUCCUCUACGCACGACGGCAAUUAGCCAAGGAUCCGAAAAUUGGAAAGGCUUACAAUCAAAAUCACGGUAUCAUCAAGAUGCGAGAUGGAUUUCUCGCGGAAAAGGGCCAGAAAGGGUCCGACAUCAUUGCACAAGAGAAUGCGGAAGGCAAUGGAGAUGCGGAUGACGAUUCACAAUCCAAUAUCGUUCUUGUCCCGAUUGCCACGAUUGGAUGUGGCAAGACUACGGUAGCAACGGCAUUGGUGAAGUUGUUCAAUUUUGGACACGUGCAAAACGACAAUAUCGAGGGGUCAAAAGGUCGACCGCAACGAUUCGCUCUGGCCAUUACCAACGCUAUGGCGGUUCAUAAGGUAGUUAUUGCCGACCGGAACAAUCAUCAGCGGCGAGAACGACAACAAAUCAUGGACGAUGUCAGCAAGGUGGUUCCGGAUGCUCGGUUUGUGGCGCUACACUAUGUGCAUGAGCCCAAAAAUCGGAUGCUGAAUGAUAUUCGAAAAGUUACACGUCAACGCGUCUUAGAUCGUGGGGACAAUCAUCAGACUAUUCGAGCAGGGAGCAAGGGUCAAGAGGAGAUCGUUGGAAUCAUGGAAGGGUUCUUGGAGCGGUUCCAAGGUGUCGACACCAGCGCAUAUCCGGACUCUGAAUUCGACGAGGUGAUCAAUCUUGACGUGGCUGCGUCGUCGUUCGAAAAUCUGGAAACCGUCAUCACCCAUCUGUACAAUGCAUACCCGGGACUGUUACCCGAAGAGAUGCCAAGUGAAGAGGAGAUGCAAGAAGCAAUCGAUUUUGCGAUGGAGUCUCAAGUGAAGACGAAACACGAUCUAUCGUUCGGCAAAACCACGCACCGAGACAAGAACCAGAAGCAGAAGGGGCCAGCGCCAGAUCAAGCGGUAGAGAAAGUAUUGACCCUCCCGCAAUUGAUCAGCAAACUCGAAUAUUUCAGUAUUCCAUUGUCGGUGACCAACAUCAAUUCGAUCCUUGGUUCGAUGUUUGAUCAGGCCAGUCCAGAAGAAGCCCGUAUGUACCGGACAUUGAGACAAACACGACGCAUUCAAGGCGAAUUCCAUGUCACGCUGGUUCAUCGAGCGUCGGCGGCACAGCAUCCUGAAAUAUGGCAGAUGUACACAGAGGCGUAUCAAAAGGCAGUGACCAACAAAGACUUCAGGGAUAAGAGCCAGCUAACCCCAGGCCUCGGACCUGCACGAGUCAAAUUGGAGAGAUUAGUCUGGGAUGAUCGGAUUAUGGCGUUCGUGGUGCGGAUUUAUCCUGCAACCGAAGGAUCGAUAUGGCUCAGCGCCAAUGCUAUUACACAUGUUACGGUGGGCACGGCGAAGGCCGAUAUUAAACCGGUCGAGAGCAAUGGCCUUCUGGCUCGAUGGGAAUCAGGAGAUGAGAGUGGUGGUGGUAUCCAGGACAAGGAAGUGCCGGGAGGAGUGAUUUUGGAGGGCAAUGUCAAGGCGGUGUUUCAGCGCAACUUUAUUCCUGGAAAAUGA